AUGCACACUGGGGCACGUCCCUACACAUUUGAGGAAUGUGGGAAGAGGUUCAGCCAGAGCAACCACCUCCACACCCACCAGCUCAUCCGCACCGGGGAACGGCCCUACACGUGUGAGCAAUGUGGGAAGAGCUUCAACCGGAGCUUUCACCUUCGUUCCCACCAGCACACCCACACUGGAGAAUGUCCUUACACGUGUAGGGAAUGUGGGAAGAGCUUCAGGCAGAGAUCCAACGUCCGCAAACACCAUCGCAUCCACACUGGGGAACGGCCCUACAAGUGCCUGGAUUGUGGGAAGAGGUUUCCAACCAGCGGGAAUCUCUACAGGCACCAGCGGACGCACAUGGAUGAGAGGCCCUUCCGCUGCACCGACUGCGGGAAGGGCUUCAACCAGAACUCCCAUCUUGUCACCCACAGGCGCAUCCACACAGGGGAGAGGCCCUACAAGUGUGGGGAGUGUGGGAAGAGCUUCACCAAGAGCUCUACCUUGACCCAACACCAACGGACCCACCAGUAA